GGUCUGGGUCCCUUCAUCUUCUGGUUUUUUCUGCACCCGUGGAACCCCUACUCGUUAAUCCCUCUUCCUCCAUCUUUCACAUGCUCAAAAGGGUUUUCGGCGAAAAAAAAUUUUACUUGCUCUCACUCCCCUCGUUUGAAAAUUUAUUGCUGGGUUUCUGUCUACUUUAUAUCUGCUUUCUUCCUUCACAUGUAUCCGGAGUUUGUAUCGUUAGUAAUAUACUAGGAGUUUUUAAUGUCAGGAGAUAUGCUUUGUAUCAAACCAGAAGCUCUAGGUGAUACACCUGCUUCACCGACUAGUAAUCACAGUAAGAGCAAUCGCAACAAUGGUGGCAAUUCCUCUGGUGGUUUCAGUUUCCCACUUAACUGGGGAAGCUCAAUUCAUAAAUAUCUGAAGAGAACUGGUCGGGCUGCGAGUCGUUCAUUUUCUGCUGGAGAUGGGUCGCUGAGUAAUGCUGUUUUUCAGGAUAUUAACGGCCAUGAGAAAAGAAAUGGAAGAAAAGAAGUUGAAGCGAAGCGUCAGUAUAAAUAUCAGCUGGAGGAAGAUGUAAGUUGA